AAACACAAACCUUAACCUCAAUUAAGCUUCAUUUUCUUUUCUCUGUUUUCAAACCAAACCUUCGUAUUCUCCGAAACACAAAAAAUCAGUUUUUCUGUUUCGUUUUUCUUGGAUGACUAACGCAAAAGGUGGCACCAUGUUAGUGGAACGAAAUACCUUACACAGACCCAAAUUAGGAGCCUUCUUGCAAUCCGAUCCUACGUUGAAAUUUUACGCCACCAACCAUGACGUCGACGAAGAGAACCGCCUCAGCAACGGUUCCGCCUCCGCCUCCAGCCCCCGGAACUACGCCGACAGCAGCAGCACACCCACCACGAGCAGCAACAGUGCCUCCCCUUACUUGUUAUCACCGUGGAACCAAACCUCAUCACCUUAUAACAAAUCCCCAUGGUUAUUCCAAUCACCUGGAAUCAAUCUCUUCCAAAACGACGACGAUAACAACUACGACUUCCCGCAAACUGGACUCGUCGGUUCACUCGUUCGCGAAGAGGGUCACAUAUAUUCCUUGGCGGUUUCCGGUGACUUGUUGUACACGGGUUCCGAUGGCAAGAACAUAAGGGUGUGGAAGAAUCUCAAGGACUAUACGGGUUUCAAAUCAAGCAGUGGCUUGGUCAAAACCAUUGUUAUCUCCGGCGAGAGAAUCUUCACCGGUCAUCAAGAUGGAAAGAUAAGAGUUUGGAAAGUUUCUUCCAAAAAUGGUAGCACUCACAAACGCGUUGGGAGCUUGCCAACUUUCAAAGACUAUGUCAAGUGUUCAAUGAAUCCAAAGAACUACGUUGAAAUCCGGCGACAACGAAACGCGGUGAAGAUCAAGCAUUUCGAUGCCGUUUCGAGUCUGAGCCUUGAUGAAGAAGAAGGGUUGUUGUAUUCGGGUUCGUGGGAUAAAACGUUAAAGGUUUGGCGCGUUUCGGAUUCGAAAUGCUUGGAGUCGGUCAACGCUCACGAUGAUGCAGUCAACGCGGUUGUUGCGGCAUUCCAAGGCUACGUGUUAACUGGUUCCGCGGAUGGGACGGUGAAGAUGUGGAAGAGGGAACACGCGGGGAAAGUGAAGAAAACGAAGCACGUGUUGGAUAGGAUUCUGCUGAAGCAGGAGAACGCCGUGACGGCGCUUGCGGUUAACCGUUUGAACACGGUGGUUUAUUGCGGUUCCUCCGACGGGUUGGUGAACUACUGGGAGCGUGACCCGAAAGGAAGCCUAUCUCACGGAGGCGUUCUGAGGGGGCACAAGCUCGCCGUCCUCUGCCUCGCGGCGGCCGGGAACCUAGUGUUCAGCGGCUCCGCCGAUAAGAAUGUUUGCGUGUGGAAGCGCGACGAGCGUGGGGUCCACACGUGUCUUUCGGUUUUGACCGGCCACACUGGUCCCGUGAAAUGCAUCGCCGUCGAGGAAGAAGAAGCCAAACAACGACAACAACAACAAGCGGAGAGUCGCCGUGAGAAGAGCGAUCCACGGUGGGUAGUUUACACCGGGAGCUUGGACAAGUCAGUGAAGGUGUGGCGCGUGUCAGAGUACGCGCCAGAUUUGAGAUUGUUUCAGGACUGGGCAACCCCGAGACAUGGAUGUGCUACCUAUGAUUCCUCCACCGCAGGAUUGAGUUACUCGUCGCCUAUUAGCAAUGGCAAUGGCAAUAGCAAUAACAAUGGCAUUGGUGGUGACUACCAAAACACGAACAGGUGGAAGUUGCAAAAGUAGAAAUUAAUUAAGAUUUUAUUUUAAUUUUUUCUAGGGUUCAUUCAUCCACAUAAUUUAAUUAUGUGUAUUAAUUCCUUGCAAAGGUGUAUUGCAUGUAAUUAGUUGAGUUGGCGCCUGAGAUUGGCGCGGCGUGAGAGCUGAGUGUGUUAAAUUCUCUCAGUACGUACUAUAUUUGAAAAAUGUUUAAAGCUUUAAUUAUAAACUCGCUCCGAACAGAAUUGCCUCUCGGUGAAGUGAAGAAUACAUGUGGUUUAUCUAAAAAAAAAAGAAAAAAAAAAAACUUGUAAAAAAGUAAAGGCAAGUUUGAAUGGAUGUGAUAUGGUCAUGCCAGUCCAUGGAAUUUGGAUGGUUGGAGUGAACAGCGACAGGAGGGUGUGCCUUGGGCCUGAAGUAAAAGCGAUGGAGCAGUUCAUUACCCUGCAAAGAGGGAGCACUUGAAUAUAAUUUGGUUGCUUCUGCGGUAGAGUGAGACGUGGAAAGAUACAUCUUCGUGCCCUAAAUAGGAGGGACUACUAAAGGUGGCCUGAUUCGUCACACAGGACAUUUUACAGAUCAGAUUCUGACAAGCCUUCGUUUUCAUUUUGCAAAAUAUGGGCAAUAGAGUAAGAGGACAUUCUUUGUUUUAAUUUUUCAAAUUUGAAAGCUUACCUUAAAUUAUAUCUUUAUUAUGGUUUUCUAAGGUAUAGUCGUGAUCAAAGGAACUGUCAAUGUUAGGCUUUGCCACUUGUUGCAGUUGUUUGUUUGUUUAGGGUCAGUGGCAUCGAUUAGGGUUUGUAAAUAUGGUUUUCUAGCUUGUAAUAUAUGUCACCUUAAUAAUAAUUACCUUCCUAGU